GCGGCAUGCUCAUCGCAAACCGACACAGAGGAGUGGUGGAGUCGCUGAACUUUCCCAACGACUACCCAGCCAAUUCCUUUUGCAGCUGGACCAUCCAGGCCACUACUGGAAACACCAUCAACUACACCUUUACUACCUUCCAGCUGGAGGCCACCAGUAGUUGCAACUAUGAUUAUGUCAAGCUCUAUAAUGGGCCCAACAAUCAAGCUCCUCUGAUUGGUACAUUCUGUGGAUACACACCGCCCCCAGCCAACAGCACCACAAGCUCAGCCCUCACGAUGGUGUUCAGAUCAGACUCCUCUGUGUCAAUGUCUGGCUUCCAGAUGAUGUGGUACCAGAAUGGUUGUGGUGGAGAACUCUCGGGUCCCAGUGGCUCCUUCAACAGCCCAGACUAUCCCAACAGGUAUCCAGAAAACAGGGAGUGUAUCUGGUAUAUCACCACAUCAGCUGGCAGCAGCAUCACCCUCACCAUCCACGAGUUUGAUGUGGAAUUCCACCAGGACUGUAACUAUGAUGUGCUGGAAGUGUAUGGAGGCCCAGACCUGUCGGCCCCUCAGCUGGCCAAGCUCUGCAGCACCACAUCCAGCCCGAUGCAGGUCUCUAGCACCGGCAACCUCAUCACAGUGCGCUUCAAGUCUGAUGCUUACGUCAGUGGUCGGGGUUUCAAUGCAAGCUGGGCUGAAGUCCAGGGAGGCUGUGGAGGCCCAGUCACAGCACCAUCAGGGGAGAUCCAUUCUCCUUCGUAUCCAAGCAGCUAUCCCAAUAAUGUGGACUGUUCCUGGGUCAUCAGUGUAGAUUCCCACCACCGCGUCUUCUUCAAUUUCUCUGACUUGGACAUUGAACAUCAUAGCAACUGCACCUGGGACUACGUGGCU